AUGUUGUUCAUCCUUUUCUUACUACGUUUCACAUUUGCAUCAAACAUAGCUGCUUAUUGGGGCCAAAAUGCCGGCGGAAACCAACAAAGUUUGGGUGAUUAUUGUUCCCUGUCGCCAGCAGACAUCAUUAUAUUGUCAUUUUUGAACGACUUUCCCUCCCUCAGCUUGAACUUUGCUAAUCAAUGCUCACAAACCUUUGGUAGUGGUCUUUUACAUUGUUCUCAAAUUGGCCAGGAUAUCAAAUCAUGCCAAAAUCAAGGCAAAACCAUUCUCCUUUCAUUGGGAGGUGCUACAGGCAACUAUGGCUUUUCAAGUGACUCUGAAGCUGAAACUUUUGCGGGCACUUUGUGGAACAAGUUUGGUGGUGGUCAAGACAAUGAGCGACCAUUUGAUGAUGCUGUGGUUGAUGGUUUCGACUUUGAUAUUGAGAACAAGGAUCAAACGGGGUACCCUGCAUUGGCAAAACAAUUGCAAUCAUACUUUGCAUCCAGCUCGAAAAAAUUUUACCUUUCUGCUGCCCCUCAAUGUCCUUACCCUGAUGAGUCAGUUGGCGACUUGAUGUCUCAGGUUGAUUUGGAUUUCGCUUUCAUUCAAUUCUACAACAACUAUUGCUCUAUUGAUAAGCAAUUCAACUGGGAUACGUGGAGGGAUUACGCAAGUGGGAAAAAUAUUAAAUUGUACUUGGGUAUUGCUGGAUCGCCAUCAUCAGCGGGAUCUGGAUACGUGGACUUGUCAUCAGUGCAAAAUGUAUUAUCAACCAUCAAGAAUGAUGCAUCAUUUGGUGGAGUGUCCAUUUGGGACAUCUCCUCAGUGCCGGAACAGUACAUGGAGGGAAUAAGUGAAGCAUUGCAAGGGUCGGUAUCAUCACCAUCCACCAACUCGGCAAGUGGUAGUUUUACCACAUCUGGAUAUACUACUGUCACUGGCGAAGCAUCUGCAUCGACGGCAAUUACAACUCCUACCACUACCACUGCCACCACCGCCACCACUUCCAAUGCAUUCUUGAACUGGAUUAAUGGAUUCUUUGUGCAACUGACACAAGCUACAACUUCUGAUAUAGCCACUUCUGCGGUGGCCACUUCAGCAGUAGCUACUCCUCCGACAACCACUUCACAAACAGCUCCUACAACCACCAACUGGCUUGGUGGUCUCUUUGCUUCUGAAGUCACCACAUACGUUACGAUAACAACUACAGUGGCCCCCUCGAUAUUCAAAAGAGACAUCAUUGUUGAUUCUGAAGCCACCAACUUUCACCCUGGAUACCUUAUUAUUGUCACAUUUAUUUCUAUACUCUUUUUCAUCUAG